CAGCAGUUUUGGAGGCACGCGGAGCAGACACGAUACAAAAUUAGAAUUCAAAUAAAUUCUGUAUGUUCGAACUUUCACGAGUCGGGCAAAGUAUAAACCCUCUUGGCUCGUCCGUCUCUUUCCUUUCCCUUUUCUCCAUCGCCGCGUCAGGUUUGGGUCUUUCCCUUUUCUCCAUCGCCGCGUCUGGUUUGUCUUUCCCUUUUCUCCAUCGCCGUUGACAACAUUCCUUGUUGUUGUGUUGAUCUUUACUUUUCUUAAACCUAUUCAUGAUUUUUUAAAUGCGUAGUCUCUAUCAUUGGAGAAAUAGAGGUAUUUAUUUCCUCAAUUCUCUCCCAUAAUCAAAUUGUUACCUUCUGAGUGUGUUGCAGUUAUUAGUUGGUGAAAAAAGAUGAGCAGAAGAGAAGAGAUCCAAUUCACCAAACAGCCUUACAUCGAGGAUGUGGGUCCCCGCAAAAUAAAAAGUUUUAAGUUUUCAACUUUCUCCGGUUCUGAAAUCAUGAAUUCAGCAGUGGUUGAAGUCUAUCGCGGUGCUUACUAUGAUCAAUUCCAGAAACCUCUUCCCAAUGGCCUAUUGGAUCCACACAUGGGGCCUACAAACAAAGGAAAGGCUUGUGAGACAUGCAGCGGAAGUUUGAAAAACUGUCCUGGUCACUAUGGAUACUUGAAACUUGCGUUACCAGUUUACAAUGUUGGAUAUCUGCCAAACAUUUUGGUCAUUUUGAAGUGUAUUUGCAAGUUUUAUGACAUCCAUUUGAUCUGUGCAAGGUAGUCAAAAGCGCUCGCCCCAGUUCUUAAGCGCACCAGGCGCAGCUAGCAGGGCCUCCAGCGCUUGGGAGAAGGGGAGGUGCACGUUCCUGGGUCAGGCGCAGCAUAAGUGUAGGAUGCGCAUGAAGCACAGGGGGCGCACGCUUGGGUCGCCUGAUCCGGAAAAGGCUGACCAGCCUUUUUUUUUUAGUUUAAAACUUUCAAAUAUAAUUAGCCUAUAUCUUUAAUAACACUUAGCCCAUCUAAUAGUCGGGUAAAACAAUUGAAACCUACGUAAAACCUCAAGUUAAAAACGUAAACCUUGCGUAAAAGUGUAAAACACUAAGCUAUCAUCGUGCUUCAAU